AUGAUAAAAAUUUAUAAAGAAUAUUUUAAUGGAAGAUAUUAUUUUAGUAAUAUAUUUUCAUAUAUAAUAUUAUAUUUACAUAAUAAAGAAAACUUCUUUAAGAAAAGAACAAAUAAAAACAAAUUAUGUGAUAAUUAUAAAAAAUCUUUUAGCUUAAAAAAGAAAGUUAUAAAUGAUAAAAAAAAAAAAAAUAUCGUAAUUCAUUUCCCCUCAGAAGAAAUUAGUCAUUUUUACUUUCAUUAUUUUGUAUAUAUUUUAAUACCAAAACUUAAUUUGAGUGAAUAUGAUAAAAAAAAGAUUAUUGAUAACAUAUAUUUAAUUAAUAAUAAAAUUGAUGAAAAUGUUAAAACAUACAUUUUUAAUAAAGUAAAUCAAAGUAAUUGUAAUAUAAUCUUUUGUAACAAAUUAUUACCAAAAGAAAAAUAUAAUUAUUCUGGUACACUUCUAAUGUUUUUAGAGAAUAAAUAUUUUCUAGAUUUUUUCUUAAAAUUACACAAGAAAAAAAAAAAAAAAAAAAAACAUCUAUUUUUAAAAAGGAAAGAAAAAAAUUUUAACAGAAUAAAUAAUAAUUUUUAUAAUUUAAAAAAAAAUAGAGAAGAUACUAUAUGUAAUUAUUUGUAUAUGUUUUAUUUGUUAAAUUACAAUUUUAAAAAACAAAUUAUAAUAAAAAGAAAUAAAAACUUAGAAUUACUAACAAAAUAUAAUCAAAAAAUUAAAGAAAUAAAUAAUAACAUACAAUGGUUUAAUCAUUAUUCUUUUUAUAAAUUUUAUUAUAAUGCAUAUAUAAGUUUUCUCAAUUAUAGAAUGCUUAUUUUUCAGAGUCUAAUGGAAAAUGUUAUGAAAAAAAAAAAAAAAAAUGCACUGUAUAUUUUUUUAAAAUAUAAAAAUCUUACAUUAAAUUCAAAUAUAUUUUUUGAUUUCAUUAAUAAACAAAUAUUAUAUGUUAACUUUAAUGAUGCUGCUACUUUAUAUAUUAAAUUUUUACAAUUAUUUGAAAAAAUUGCCUUAUUUUCAAAUAUAAAGAAUUACUCUAAUUAUAACAUAAGUAAUAUUAAUGAAAAAAGAAAAUAUAAUAAAAAUAUUUUAAUAAAAGAAAUUAAAAAAAAUAUGAACAUACAUAUAUGGAAUAAUUACGAAAAUGAGAACUUUCAUUCCAACUUAAAUAAAAUUAAAUUAUAUAGAUUUUACAAUUAG